AUGUCUUGGGCAGGGUUUAAGAAAAAUGUCAACCGAGCGACGACACAGGUGAUGAUGAAGACGGGGCAUGUUGAGAGGACGAACGAUCGCGACUAUGAGAUUGAGGAACGGCGCUACCGGACCAUGGAGACAGCGGCGAAUCGCCUGCAGAAGGAAGCAAAGGGUUAUCUUGACUCACUACGAGCUAUGACGGCGUCUCAAAUGCGCAUCGCGGAAACCAUCGAUGCGUUCUACGGCGAUGCCGGAACCCGCGACGGUGUGAGCCGAAGUUACAAGCAGGCUGUGGAAGAUCUCGAUGCAGAGACCAUUAAGGCCCUAGACGGACCAUACCGUGCUACGGUCCUCGACCCAAUCUCCCGGUUCUGCGCCUACUUCCCCGACGUCAACGAGUGUAUCAAGAAGCGCAACCACAAACUUCUCGACUAUGAUGCGAUGCGCGCAAAGGUCAAGAAGCUCGCUGAAAAGCCCGACAAGGAUGUCACCAAGCUUCCACGAACCGAGCGCGAAGCCGAAAUGGCCAAGCAAUCCUAUGAGCAGUUGAACGAGCAACUCUUCAACGAACUUCCUCAGCUGAUCGACCUGCGUGUACCAUAUCUGGAUCCUAGCUUCGAAGCCCUUGUCAAGAUUCAGCUGCGUUUCUGCGCCGAGGCAUACUCACGCAUGGCACAGGUCCAACAGUAUCUCGAUGCUGAGACGCGCGACCAAUAUGCAAAGGGCGAUCUAGACAAUCGGGUCGAGGAAGUACUGCAGGAGAUUCGGGAUUUGAGCAUCGCAGGCACGGUCUAA